AGUGCAGUAUCAAGUUAACUACUUUUAAAAUACUAAUAACAAUUAUUUCUUCAAUAAACUACUCAUAACAAUAUUUACUUCACUCAUUUGUUUUUUGUCUUUUCUGAAAAUAUCUUUAAGGAUCCACGGUAAACAAAUAUGAUUCUACCCACAAGAAAAUAUCUUGAAAACCACAUAUUAAUAUUCGUAAUGGUGCUACAAAUAUUAUUUAGUCAAAUGCCUGUGAGUACGGGAUUUAUUGUACCUCAAACUAUCUCUAAAGCGGAAUCAGAUAUUUCAACGGAAACUUAUUCACAACAAGAUGUAGAUACUACCAACAGAAAAAUUUGUAUUUUGGAAAAGGUAUUUGGAGACUCAAAAAGCCCUAAUCUACAAUGUGAUGACUUAUCAUUAAUUUCAUUAAGCGAGAUUAUAAAAGAAGCUUAUCAUUACAGUAAUGAUGAAUUGGAAAAUAUCGACCAAAUUCUAAAAUUUAUUGAAAGGCAACCGACCAAAGAUAUUAAGGACUUGGCUUACAAUGUUUUAUACCAAGCAGUGUUGGAUCACUAUAUGUUAGAAAAAUUAGAGACAACCCGAACAAAUUUAUGUCUUUUGGAAAUAAUAAUCGGCAAAAAGCAAGAAGCCAUUGGACAUUUUGAAGAAAUGAAUCCAACAUCGGUAGCUCAACUAGUAGAAUACGCUAUUAACUUUAAUGAUACAAUACUACCUCAGUUUGGAGAUUUCCUUCAUUUUAUUGUACAUAAACCAGAAAUAUCUAAUAUUGAGCAUAACAUAUUAAUUAUUUCCUUGGAAAUUGGCUAUGAAAAGGCUAUUAAAAAAUGGGGCCCGAGUAUUUUAACUUUCGCUGCAAUAAACCUUAUAGAAGUUGGUGUAAAACUACGUUCCACAAAAAUAGAAUCAUUUUAUUUCAACAAGCUGCAAAAAUUAUGGGCGAAGAUAAUUGUUACCUACUGUGGUUUUCUUAAACAACAUGAUCAUGUUAUAUUUAAAAAUCUGAAAGAUUACUCUUCACAUUUACCUGAAAUGAGUGAUAAAAUAAAAAAAUUCGAGAACUAUUUCCUGGAUAUUUUGCUUCCUUCUGUACGUAGAGUUUUAAAUAAAGAAGGUGUAGAAAACAAUGUUGAUAUGUUUCUCAAAUGUGUGCCAAUAACUAUUCCAGUCAUUGAACCAGGUGCGAUCUUAUAUUCAACUAUAUUCGAUGAAAUGGCAAAGCAAAAUUUGUUAUAUACUAAUAACUUCAUAACGAGAUUUGCAUACUAUAUUAAAAACUACAUGGAAGCACCAAAUUAUUCACAUAUUUUAGAACAAUUUAAGGAAGUAUUUGAAGAUUUAAAAAAUAACAUACCUCACUGGGCACAAAAAUUGAUUUGGAGUGGUGAUAAAUGUAAAUUGGAAAACCGUAAAUGGGAUCAAUAUUUGUCUGCAUGUGGUGAACUUGGUUGUAAUACAACGAGCGUAGAUGGUCACGUGGUAUUUUCGUCUCAAAUAGAUGCCUUACAAGAUUCAACCGAAGUACAAAGUCAAUGGAAAUUUGAAACUAACAAUCAGGGUACUUCUUUUACUAUUAAAAAUGUUGCUUCAGGAGAGUAUUUAUAUCCUGGUUCAAAUUUGGCUGAUGAAAAAAGUCACCCAGUUUUUACUUCGAAUUCUGAAAUCCCAAACAUUGAAUCAUUAUGGAAUAUAACAGCACCUAGUAAUGGGAGUUUUAUUACUUUACAAAAUACUCAUAAUAAUGAAUAUUUAUAUGUUGGCGGUCUUUAUGAAUCAGAUCAGCUUAAACGGAAAGUAUUCACUCAAAGAUCAGGGUCACCAACACAGGCAAUGCCUCGAGAAAAUGAAUGGAAAUUAAUUUGUUGAUAAGAUUUUUGUGAUAUAUAUUUUAUUUUUUGUUUCAUGUUUACAAUUUUUUUAUUUAAUAAAUUUUUCCUUUUGUUUUUUGUAC